AUAAAUAAUUAAAAAAUAUACAAUAUAGAUGGCAUAAUUUACUUAUGGCAAUUUUUAUUUUUAUACUUAUUUGGUGAUAUAAAAAUAAAAUGAAAUAAAAGCAAUAUUAUUGCUAUUGUAAUUUGAAACUAUUUUAUAACUUCUGAGUGAAAGACAGAGACUCAUUACUUUAUUGAGAAUUAUAGAUAUUUGGAAAUACUUACAUACAUUUACAAUACUUACAUAUGGAUGAUUGAGGCUAAUUUUUUAAUGUCAUAAUUGUAAUAUUAAUCAACAAAUAAUUAACUUGUUAAGUCUGAACACAAAGUAAAAUGGCACGUAAAAAAAUAAAAUCGCAAACGCCUAUGAAAAAAUCAAAUCGUAGAGCUGGAAUUAAAAAACCAAUAACAAAAAACAGGUUAUUUGAUAAAGGAUUACAAUUAAUUAAAGCAAGUCGUAAGUCUGAAGUCAACAAAGCAACACUAUUUCAACAUAGUAAGAAUAUAUCAACAUCUUCAAAUGACAGUGUAAUCAUUAUAAGUGACAAUGAAAAUGAACAUACCGAAAAUGUUAAAUGUGUGACUCAAAAUAAUAACAAAAAUGAAAUUAUUCAUUCAAGUAUUGGUCAAAUGUGUAAAUCAUUUAAUUUUUUACGUAAAGCUAAUAAACAUACUAUUUCUAAUAUGAUUGCUAAUAAUAUAGAAAAUAGUAAAUUAAGAAAUAGAAAUAAUAUUACAGAAUUAUCGAAUCCUGAUAAAUCAUGUUGUAUAGUUUCAGAAUCAAAAAAUUUGAAAUCUAAAGUUUUACGUAAAAGCUUUGCUAAUCAAAAAACUUUACAUAAUACAUUAAAUGAAUCUUCUGAUGACAUCGUUGUAGUAUGGUCAUCUAUAACCAGUUCAUCAACAGUAAAACCUAUAUCGGAUAAAAUAGACCAGGAAGAUAACGUUUCAGAUGAGGAAAACUCACAUCGACUUUUUAUGCUAGAUUAUUAUGGAAAUUCUAAUAAUUUAAACUGUUUAAAAUCAACUUUAGAAAAAGAACAACAGAAAAAGAAAUUUAAUAACGAAGAUAAACUUCUAUUUAAUAAACCUGGAUUACAAUUACCUGAUUGUUUCAAGCCAAACUUUUCCAUUACUGUAAAACCACAAAAAAAUAUGAAAAGGAUUAGUGCAAAAUUUUAUGGUAAACAAUUUAAUAAUUACAAGGUACAACCUAACAAAGUAACUGAAGUAACGCACACUAAAGAUAAGAAAUUAAGAGAAAUAAUUAUUGAUGGAUGUAAUGUCGCAAUGGCAUACACACAUGGCAAAGUAUUUUCAGAAAUAGGAUUGAAAUUAGUGAUAGACUAUUUUCAACAAAGAGGACAUUCUGUUAAGGUAUUUGUACCUCAACAUAAACGAUCUUUUUCUCAUCCGCUUCUUGAAAAACUUUGGAAGGAAGGAACAGUUGUUUUUACACCAAGUCGAAACAUAGGUGGUAAAAAUAUUACUUCUUAUGAUGAUCGGUUUAUAUUGGAAUAUGCAACAAUCUGUAAAGGCAUAGUUGUUUCUUUAGAUCAAUAUAGAGAUUUAUACACAGAAAAACCAGAAUGGCGUGAUACUAUAGAAAACAGAUUAUUAGCACCAACUUUUGUGGGAAAUUAUGUUAUGUUUCCUGAUGAUCCGUUAGGAAGGGAUGGUCCUACAUUAGCUCAAUUUCUGAGACAUGAUUCAUAACAUUUCUAUCGAUUAAGAAUUUUGAUACGUAAAUACGAAUACAAAACUGAAAUGAUUUAUAAAAUAUUUCUUUUUUGUACUAUUAUUUUCUUAUAAAUUUUUCAAUGAAAAGUAAAUAAAAUAUUGUCUUAUUGUUUUUAUAUGUGAGUCUCUUUGAAAAGUGUUUCAAAAAAAAGUUGCAUAGUGUCUAAGGAAACACACAGUACUCUAAUCUGUUUUUAAUUAUUUCUGAUUAAAUUUUUUAUACAAAGUUUAAAAAAUUAAUAGUAUAAUAAAUACACAAUCAAAACGGGGCCUGUUGAUUUUUUUUAAUCAUAUAUAAUAAAUAUGUAUGUUAUAAUAAAAUAAUUUUCAAGUUAAAUUUCUGUAACUUAAAAAAUCAUGCAUAUAUAAUAUAUAAGACGAGUAUCCAAAAAAGAAAACAAAGUCUUAAUUAAAAAAAAGAUCAGCAAAAAUAAAUUUAUAUAUCUUUUAUUAUCAAUUCCAAAUUCUAUCAAAUGAUUUUUUAAUUUAUAAAAGUUUAAGUAACAGAAAUGUAAUCAUGUGUAUAUACAUAUAGAUAUUUGCUAUUAUAUUAUAUUCUUAUACAACAUGUGUGUAUAUAUUAUUUAUUUAUGUAUAAUAUUAAAUUAAAAGUACAGUUCUAAAAAAAAAA